AAAAAAAAAACAAAAAAGAAAAGAAAACACUUUUUUUGCCUCCAAUCGAAAGGCAAAUGGCAAAACAAAAAGCGCAUAUAUCUUCAUCAAACUUGAAUGCCCUAACCUAACCCCCCAGACUCAAAUCCUUUCCUUUCCUUUCCUCCCAAAAAUGGCUUCUCAUACAUCAACACCAACACCCAUACUCACCACCUUAACCAUCCUCUUCAUCUUCAUCUCCCCAUUCACCCCCACCACCGCUGACCAUAACCUCGCCGCCUCCUCCUCCUCCUUCUACGACGUCCUCGAAUCCCACGCUCUCCCUAUUGGCCUUUUCCCCAAGGGCAUCUCCUCCUUCUCCAUCGACCCCCCCACCGGCCGCUUCCACCUCCAUUUGGUCUAUUCUUCCCCCUGCAAGGCCGAGUUCGAGACCCAUGUCCGAUAUCAGUGCAACAUCACCGGCUCCAUCUCUUUUGCCAAGAUUGCUAAUUUGUCUGGGGUGGCCGCUCAGGAGCUCUUUCUCUGGCUUCCCGUCAAGGGUAUUCGUGUCGAUGUUCCCAGCACCGGGUUGAUUUAUUUUGAUGUCGGUGUCGUUUUUAAGCAGUUUUCCUUGUCCUUCUUCGAGACGCCCAAGGAGUGUAAUGCUAUCACGGGGGAUGAAGGAGGAGAUAAUGAUGAUGAUGAUGUGGUUUCUUUCUAUGAUCGCAAUCGUGGGCCUGUUGUUGAGAAUCAUUCUGGAGACUUUGUGAGAAACCGAUUCACAGAUGAAGAAAGGAAAGCUGUUUCUUGAAUUAGGGAGUAAAAGGAUUUGAGUCUUGACAUUAGUUAAAGUAUUCGUUGUGGUUUGAUGUCUAUUGUGUGAGGAGUGCUGAUGAUUUCUGGUUCUUCUCUUCUGAUUAGUCGUCCUACACAUUACAUGCUUCAUCCUAGAAGCUCCUGACAAUGCGGGCAAGAUUGCAGUUUUGUAAAUGUUAAUGACAUCCCGUUUCGUCUUAAGGUGGUUUCAGUUGUGUAACAGUGAUUAGUUGUGCAUUGCUGCUUCCCCCCCCUUCCUGUCUAUGGGUAUGGUCUUGUCGCUUGUGUGAAGUUUCUGUAAAUUUAUAGAAGUGCUGUAAUCUAAACUUCUGAUCUUCUAUGACUAUGGAGCUGAUAUGUUUGAAGGUA